AUGGCUGCUCGAGUCCUCUUGCAAAGGCGCGCUCUGGCGGCUGCUGCCCUCGGUGGUGUGGCCCUCAUGCCGGCAACGGCUCUGGCAGAGUCUCCCGCUGUAGACAAGCGGAAACCCAUCUACGACGACUUUGAGGCCCUGCCCUCCCCCGCCUCGACUCCGGCGUCCGCACCGCAAGCCAUCGAGCCCAAGCGAGAAACUAGCAACAGCAGCAGCGGCGACAAGGCGCCCUCCGGCAACGGCGAGCUCGCGGUCGUCCGGCCGCCGCGCGGGCCGACGCCCACCGACCAGCUGGCCGUGCAGAUCGGCAAGGCCCGCCUCGCGCUCUACCGGUACGCCGUUGCUGCCGAGGACCGCGUCAACGCGACCAUGGACCGGGCCUUUGGCCUGGAGCAGUCCUUCACGCGGACGCUCGCCUCGCUUGCGCCCGCGCGCGAGUCGGGCGAGCGGCUGCUGCCUGGCGCCGUGUACGUGCUCGUCGCCGCAAUGGCUGGCAGCAUCGUCGCUCGCAACCGCAACGUGCUGCUGCGCGCCGCGGCGCCCCUCGCCUUCGGCGUCGGCGCCGCCUGGACGGUCCUGCCGGUCACAUCGCGCAACGUGGCCGACCUCGCGUGGGAGUACGAGCAGCGCGUGCCGGCGGUCCGCGACGCCCACCUGCGCGUCCGCGAGGGGCUGGAGAAGGGCGCGAGCUUCGCGAGGGUGCACGCGCGCCUGGGCGUCCGCUACGUCGACGACAAGGUCACCGACGCCAGGGAGAUUGUCGAGGGCUGGGUCAAGCAGGGCAAAUAA